GGCGUUUAUUAAAUUCUCAUCAAAUCUAGUGAUUCACCAUUGAAUAUUAUUUACAAUCACUAGACUCGAGGGAAAACUGUAGUUUUAAUCAUUUUAUUAUAAAAUGUUAAUCAAUGAAAUUCCCGAUGAUUGUUUGCUCGCCAUUUUUGAUUAUAUAAUUGACCUGGAUGAUUUAAUAAACUGCGAUAAAGUGUGCGUUAAAUGGAGCAAUUUAAUUGCUAAGCGAACUAAAAAAGUUAAAUAUUUGCGAGAGAAUCCUGGUUAUUCAUCUGACACUGUUUAUUACCAAAGAUCAUGUUCGAUUGAUUCAACCUGUCUGAGUAAAUUAUUUACAAAUAUAAAAAUCGCUGAUUUGUCUUCUGAAUUACAUUGUAAAGUAGAAGAUGCUAUUGAAUUUGUUAGAAAACAAGAAUCCUUGAAAGGAUUAAUCAAUCCUUUUGAUGUACCAAUGGAAAAAUAUUGUGAUGAACUCGAAAUGCUUUCUGUCGAAUAUUUCAAUCCAAACAAUUUAAGAAAUGUUUCCAGCCUAAAGCAAUUGGAUGUUUGGGAAUAUACUCUAGAGGCUUUUGGAAGAGAUGCUCAUUAUUUGCCAAACCUUGAAAGACUAAAGAUUCAAAUUAAUGUUCCAGACAAACACUACGAUGGUCCAGUAUUGGAAAAGCUCAAAAUACUUGAGUUGUUUCACUAUUACGAAGAACAACCUGAAACUUCUUUUCAUGGUUUCCAGUUGAUGGAUUUAUGUCCAAAUUUACAAAGUGCACAUAUUUGCAUGGAUAUUCCCAAUUGGUUUUUUGAUGAAACAUUGGAACUCAAAUGUUUGCAAGAUUUAGUUAUACAAUUUGAUGGACUGGAUAUCAAAGAUGAUAAGUGGAAUAAAUAUAAAAGAUUACUUAUGAAGUAUCCGAAUCUCAAACAUCUUUCGUUGAGGGGCUUUUGGAAAUUAAUAGAUGAAUAUAUCGAGCAAUUGGUUCACAUUUUACCCAAUUUAGUGCUAUUGGAUGUUAGGGAGUGUGACGGAGUCACUCAAGAAGCUGCCGAUUAUGUUAAAGAUUAUUGUAAAAGAUAUGGACGAUCAAUCAAAUUUUACUUCGAUGGGAAUGAACAUGAAAUCGAAUCAGAUUUGCCUCAAUUGUCCAUUAAACACGAAACAAUGAGUCGAGGCUUUGAUUUCAUGAAAAAUUGCUUUUUCAGAGAGCAUCUUCUCCUUCCAAAUUUUUUGAUUCCGAUUGAUUAUUGAAAAUCGCAAUAAUAAAUUUGUUAUUUUGUACCUGGAAAGCCCAUUCAAAGAGUUUCAACUUAAUCUCUAAUAUUCAUCCAAUUUAUUUCUCGAUCUAUUUUUCUAGUGAAUAUUAUCUAUUGUCUAACCUAAAGAAAUGUCUUUGUGGUCAAGGAUUGCAACUUUAGAUCCGUAGAUAACUUUCAUGGUUUCAAAAACAAUGAUGAUAGGUAAAAGAUUGUAACUGUUUCUAAAUAAAAUAAUAAUUGAUUCGAUUGCUUU